AAAUAUACAAAUUUAGACGAUGGUUUAUAUAUUUCAAUAUUAGGUCAAGUAUUUGAUGUCACGAAAGGUGCAAAAUUUUAUGGUCCUGGUGCCACUUACCAUGCAUUUACAGGCUGUGAUGCAUCUUUAGCAUUUAUUACAGGAGAAUUUCAUAGUAAAGGUUUAACAGAUGAUAUCUCUUCAUUAUCAUUUGAACAGAUUAAAAUGCUUGAUUCGUGGGUCCAGUUUUACAACAAAAAUUACAUUUACAAAGGAAAGUUAAAUGGUAGAUAUUAUAAUGAACAUGGUUUGCCAACAGAAGAAUUUCACAAUGUACAAAGAAUAUUAAGGCAGGCAAAGGAAGAACAAUUUCAGGACGAACACAAGAAAAAGAUGUUUCCACCAUGUAAUAUAGAAUGGAAACCAGAUUCUGGGACUGUAGUAUGGUGCACUAAAAAAAGCGGAGGAAUUGAGCGGGACUGGAUUGGUGUACCAAGAAUGCUAUUUGCAUCCCCAAAUUCGAAAGAAUAUAGGUGUGCCUGUGUUAACCUUGACAGUAGAGAAUACCAUGACAUGAAGGGUAUGAUCAGAGAAUACCUUCAAUGUCCUAAAACCUCUGUAAAAUGUGCUGUAACAGAGAUUUUAUAGACGACGCAUCAGAUGUUUCAUGAGUAUUCAUAGUUCAAUGUUAUGUAAAUAUAUUUAAUUAAUUUUGUUAUUUAAGAAAUAGAUAUUUUUACAUACUUUCAUAGAUAUUGAUAUACAAGUGUAAAUAAUUUGUAAUUCAAAAUAUAGCUUGAUAUAUUUAUAAGAAAGGAUAUAUUAUAGAAAUUAUUUUAUUCUUGACAAAUGUACAAUCUUAAAUAAAUAUUUGUAUGACGUUUUUAUAUUUCAGUCUUUUCUCAACAUGUACUGAUAACUUGUAAAAUUACAUAUUGCUCAAAAUAUACUUGAUCUCACUAAACAUGUGUACUUUUUUAAUGCUCAUUGAUAUAAAAAGACAUUUUGUAAUCUAUGAAAAGUUUUAUAAUUAAUGCAAUACAUAAGUAUAGUACAAUAUAAAUGCGUUUACAAAUCAAACAUUUAAAAAAAAAAUAAAUCGUUGUUUUUAUGUCCUAUUCAAAUGAUUUUU